CUGAACACAAUGUUCUUCGGGAUGGACGAUAUGUUCGGUGGGGCUGCCGGUGGUCCCAAGAAGGACGUAGAUACCCACAAAUUCUAUGACAUACUCGGCGUUAAAAAAGACGCGACCAAAGCUGAAAUUAAGAAGGCGUACCGGAAGCUCGCGCUGAAAGAACAUCCCGACAAGGGAGGUGAUCCUGAGAAGUUCAAGGAGCUCACCCGAGCUUAUGAGGUCCUCAGCGACGAGCAGAAGCGGUCGCGAUAUGACAAGUUCGGCGAGGAAGGUGUAGACCAGGAUGGUAUGGGCCCCGGUAACGCCGAGGAUAUCUUCGACAUGGUCUUUGGGGGUGGCCGCGGUCGCUCCACUGGCCCUCGAAAAGGGGAGGAUAUCUCCCAUGUAUUGGAAGUCCCCUUAGCCCAGUUCUAUAACGGUGCCACUCGCAAGCUCGCCAUCAACAGGGUCGUUAUCGACCGGUCCUCACCAAUCACCACUUGCAAUGCCUGUGAUGGUCAGGGUGUCACCAUCAAAACCGUCCGGAUGGGUCCCAUGGUCCAACAGAUGCAGUCUGCUUGUCAACAGUGUCACGGUCAAGGUCGCAGUUUCAAGACUAAGAAGUCCAAGGAGGUCAUCGAGAUUCACAUCGAGAAGGGCAUGAAGUCCGGUCAGCGGAUACCCUUCCGGGGAAUGGCCGAUGAGAGCAGCCCCGAUGUCGAGCCCGGCGACCUCAUCAUCAUCCUUAAACAGAAGGAACAUGACGACACUGAGUUCACUCGGAAGGGCAACGAUCUGUUCAUCAGGAAGCCCAUCAGCUUG